UUCAUGUGUUGGAAGUGCUAUUUUUUCCACUGCUGUACUAAUAUAAAGCCUAUAAAUAUUGCUCUCCGAUUACAUUUUUAUGUGUUUAUCCUUGGACAUUAAAGUCUGAUAUCAAAUAUUGCAAAAUAACACAGAAAUAGUCAUGGAUUGCCUUGUUGGUUACGGUAGCGAAGAUGAGAAUGAAUCGGAGCGCUAUGGAAGCCAACAAUCAUCGAAUGAUAUUAUAGGUGGGUGCGGGCGGCGCUGGAGUCCGCCGCAGAGACGACGACACCAACUACGAUGACGUCAACAUGGACAUGAGCGAGGACUCCCAGGACGCUGAAUCGGAGCCCGAGUUGCCGCAGGCGGAGCCUACGCCCCCGCCGCAGUCUUCCAGAGAUGAACGCAGAUCUAAUGAUAGCCGGGAACGUGAUCGCGAUCGUGACCGAGGCGAUCGCAGUGACCGCGGCGACCGCGAGUUGGACCGGCGUGACAGACGUCGCGAGUCGCCCGCACGCGCCCGCAGUGAUAGGGAUCGCUCCGAUAGGCGGUCUCCGCGUAGGGAUGAUAGAUACAGAUCAGACCGUGACCGCGGCCGCGCUCACGACGGCGUUCGCCGCGGCCUCCUGGGCGACCGGCCCGAUGACCGCGAGAAGAUGCCCGCCCUGAUGGACCUCAAGCCGUUCAGUGGCGACGGCCCCCCUCCCGGAGACAGGAGAUCGCAUGACGCUAGAGAUGCAGUGUCACCUAGAUUCGUAGACCGCGAGCGUCGUGACAAGGAGAGGGACAGAGAACGCGAACGUGAUCGCGACCGCCAUGGCAGACGAUCUGAGGAGAGGAGUGGCAGAUCAUCCAGCCACCGUCACGAAGGCCGUUCCCGCUCGCGGUCCCGCUCGCGCGGGGCGCCGCACCUGUCGCACGGGGAGCGGCGCGCCGAGCCCGCCGGGGACUACAGGCCCUCGUCCUACAAGGUCAAUAAGAAGCUCGAGGUUAUGGAGAAGAUGGGACUUCAAAUCAAAACGCCGGACGGUUCAAUGGCGACGGCUCAGCAGCUACGCGCGGCCGCUUGCGAAGUACCGGCUCAAGGCUCUCAUCUACCCUCGUAUUACAACCCCACGGCUGUCAAUGCUAACAAGAUUAUGGACCAGGUACAAAAGCGCAAAUUGCUGUGGUCGAACAAGAACAAGUCGGAAGCUGAGGAGGCGGCCAAGUGGAGCGGCACGCGGUUCGCGCAGGACUCCGACGGCAAACAGGUCUCCAAGUUCAUGAGGCUCAUGGGGAUUAAGGAACCAGCUGCCGUCAAGAACGAGACACCAGAGAAAGCAGUAGACCCCAUCAAGAAGCAAGAAGAGCUCUUCCAAGCGAUGCAGGCACAAUACGAAGUCGCCCGGGCCACCACGCAUACCAUGCGCGGCGUCGGGCUUGGCUUCCAGCGGGGACAGUACUAGUGCAGUGUAGUGUUACCCUUGUGACGUCAUGAACUGAGGACAGGCAGGCAGUGUGUAUAGAAUACUCAGAAACCGCUGACAGACCACCGG